AUGGGAAAAACUUCAAAAUUCUUCACCUCAUUCUGUGGCAUCUUCAGUACCCAACCCCACAACACACUUGACACGUCACCACUCUCUCAUCCACAUCACACGCCACGUCGUCGUCAUCAUCAUUCCUUUGACCAAACACCCGGCCACGUUGACCUCAUCAGUAAAUCUGGCCCAACCGACCAUGCUAUGGUGGUUGCUGCCGCCACUGCCGCGGCUGCUGAGGCUGCGGUGGCUGCUGCCCAUGCAGCUGCGGAGGUUGUUAGGAUGACCAGCAAGCCUACCGGUACCGGCGCCGGUGACUAUUAUGGUGUGGUUCAUGAAGAAUGGGCUGCUGUUAAAAUCCAGGCAUACUUCAGGGGUUAUCUGUCAAGAAAAGCUUUGCGGGCAUUGAAAGCAUUGGUGAAGCUUCAGGCACUUGUGAGAGGUUACAUUGUAAGGAAGCAAACUGCAGAUAAAUUGCGACGUUUGCAGGUUCUGGUUCGAGCUCAAGCUCGGGCCCAUGCAACCCAGCUUCAGAUUGCAAAUUCACCGGAGUCCGCCACCAAGGGUGCCUCUGGUAUUCAUCACAAUGUUCCUCCAACUCCAGAAAAGUUUGAGCAUGUGGUGCGAUCAAGGAUGGCAAAACAAAAUCAACCAUCCAUAAGAAAGAAUAAUGGUUCAAGAAUGUAUGAAGAAAGGAAUGAGAAAAUCCUUGAAGUAGACAACACAAAGUACCACAUAAGACGACGCAGCCUCUUCCAACCAGACCAGAUCAGUUACAGCCACAGUCAAAGUUUGACCACUUCUCGGGGAUCAACGAUCCAGCCACCAGGAUUGAGCCCAAGUGAAUCCUGUGAAGUAAAUUCGAUUGCUGCCCCUUUGGAUGAAGUUUCAUUCUACACUGGCCAAAAUAGCCCUCCCUUUUACAUGGUUUCUUCUAAGGGCAAUGCCUCCAUGAGAGUGAGCCCGUUUACCCCAGCUAAGAGUGACAGCUCACGAAGCUGUCUCAGUGGCUACUCAGACCACCCUAACUACAUGUCGUACACCGAGUCUUCACGAGCAAAGGUUAGGUCUUUAAGUGCACCUCGACAAAGGCCUCAUAUUGACUUUCCUAGCACCACAAAGAGGUAUUCCGUGUAUGGAUACAGUUCAGGCAUUCCACGAAGUUCAAACUUGCGGGAUAGUUUUGUGAGCAAAGCAUAUCCAGGGUCGGGUAGGCUCGAUCGACUUGGGAUGCCAGUUGGGGGUAUGGGUUUCCAAAGCGAUUUUAGUGGUGGUUAUUGGAAUUAGCAAGGAUGAUCUUUAAUUUGGUUAGCUUUAUG